GAAAAGCUGAAAGGACCACAUAACUCCUGGUGCAGGAAAGAGGUUCUUCUGCAAGACAUUUGCUGGACUCCUGAAAAAUUAUUUUGAAUAACAUGGCAGAGAAGGAUUUCAUCAGUUGGCAUCUACUGGCUUUAUUUUUUCUUCCAUUUUGCCUGUGUCAAGAUGAAUACAUGGAGGUGAGCAGAAGAUCUUAUAAACCAGUGGCCAAAAUAUUGCAAAGUCACCACCAGACUGGUCAUAAAGGUUCCAGAAGCAGGGAAAUAUUGAAACAGCGGAAUCAACUUAUAGAGUGGACUGUUGAUAAUAGCACUUCUACAGACCAAAAAGUCCUGAGACCAGAGGUAGAUGAUGUAGAACUGACUACCUCAGAUAGAGUCCAGCCCCCCCAGCCUGGACCACAGAAUUCAGACUGUAGUUCCUGCUGCCGUGGUGACUUCGGAGUUCGACUCUAUCAAGGGCCCCCAGGACCUCCUGGGCCCCCUGGGAUGCCAGGAAAUCAUGGAAACAACGGAAAUAAUGGAGCAACUGGCCAGGAAGGAGCCAAAGGUGAGAAAGGAGACAAAGGAGAUAUGGGACCAAGGGGAGAACGUGGCCAUCAUGGACCCAAAGGAGAGAAGGGUUAUCCUGGGAUUCCCCCAGAGCUACAGGUCGCAUUCAUGGCUUCGAUGGCUACUCACUUCAGCAACCAGAACAGUGGGAUCAUCUUCAGUAGCGUUGAAACCAACGUUGGGAAUUUUUUUGAUGUCAUGACUGGGAGAUUUGGUGCUCCAGUGAAUGGAGUGUAUUUCUUCACAUUCAAUAUGAUGAAACAUGAAGAUGUGGAGGAAGUGUACGUGUACCUGAUGCAUAAUGGUAAUACAGUGUUCAGCUUAUAUAGCUACGAAUCCAAAGGGAAAGCAGAUACUUCAGGAAACAGUGCAGUCCUAAAACUCGCGAAGGGAGAUGAAGUUUGGCUGCGAAUGGGAAAUGGAGCCCUCCACGGGGACCAUCAACGCUUCUCCACCUUUGCUGGGUUUCUUCUUUUUGAAACCAAGUAAAAGAAGAAACUAUCCAACAGAUGUUUAUCUGAGGAAACAUCUUUUUUGGAACUGGUAUUUUUCACUGGGCUGUGUAAUAACAUUACAACAUUGGAGGAUCAAGAAGACUUGUCUUGAUGCAAUGUGUUGCUAUUUGUGUAUCAGAGAUGAGCUGAAUACAUUGUGUAACUGACACAGAGUCACAUGUAUUGUCAUGUGUAUUGUCGUUUGGGUUGCACCUAUUGAAUCCUUAAAUGUUGCUACUCCUCUUUUUCCCGAAGUGAAUGAAAAACAAAGGAAAUGAGUUUAAGUAAUUUAGAGAGCAGUUUACCCAGUAAAGUCAAUUUUGUCUGUAAAUAUUCUUUAGUUAAGUAUAUGUCAGGAACUGAACACUUGAUUCAAGUUUUUCUAAUCAUUUAUUCAGUUCCUAUUACAUGUUCAUUAAAGUUUGCAUCAUGGAAACAGGCCUGAAUGUAUUAUAAGCAGGCUCAGUUGAGACCAGAUCUAAAGGAGUAAGUUUGUACUGGAUUAGAAUGAGCUCCUCAAAUAGAAGAAAAAAAUGUGAAAAUAAAGAUGUCAAUGAUUCAGGUUUAUUGCAUUUCCAUCUCAAACCUCUGAUGAUGUAUCUGGUGUCAUUUUUCACAGAUUUUUAGCACAUAUUUAUGCUUACUCUCUCUUUUAAUGGAAGAGUGUUAGUAGUUCUUGCCUUAGUAGCAGCUUGAAGGUAAGGUAAUAUAGUCUGCAGUGUGAUGGGGAUCAGGCAGGGGAACUGUAAUGUUUCUUCCUAGCCUUAAAACUUUUCAAAUCUGAUGUAACUGAAGGCAGGGUGUCAAAGCAGAGGUAUAUACGCUAGAGAAACCAGGAUACGCCAACAGCACAAACAGAGAACCACAAGCUUUGUGGUGUUUGGAGCUCUUUUAGAAGGAUGUACCUUACAAUAUUGUAUAUUUACUUAACAGUGAAGUUGUCGAUACAGUUUUCCUAGCAGCUUUCCAAGAACCAAUAUUUCAGGAAAAGACAUUGCAAAGCAGCAGCAGCUAAUCCAGUUCAAUAUUUAACUGGUCAAAGCAAAUGCUGUCUGGCUUAGAAGUUCUGGUCCCAGUAAACUGAGCCACUCUUCAGCAUUAACAUUUAUCACCACCUUUUCAAAAUCUGGAUCCCUGAAAUUCUGUCUUGCUAUUUUCUAUUCAUUGAAGUCAGCACCAAAGUCAGUGCUGAAAUUUGAAUGUAUUGUCUGCUCCUCACACACAACCUAAUGAAACAUAAAUCCUGUUUUAACAGAUAUUACCUGCCAUUAAUGUAUAACAAGCAGGUGAGGUUAGGAAAACAUUUAUUUUAAAUUCUUUCUUACUGGAUGCAGACAUCAGCAGAACAGCAACGGAGCAAAUGAAUCAAAAACUGCCCUAUGAAUUUGUGUGUCCUUUUACGUGUUCCUAGCGUAUGUAACCACAUUGUAUGAAGAAAAAUGCAUGUUGAUACUUGAUGAUUAUGACUUGUGAUUUUUUAGUUUUAUGCAUCAACCACUGAAAAUAUUAGCUUUAAUGAACUGUUGUCCAAUGAGUUUUAUCAUUUCUUUAUGAACUUGGGUCAGGUUUGCACCACAUAGGUUUUCAAAACCUGAGACUAUGUUAUUUUAAUAAGCUUACUUUGUAAAUCAUACAUUUAUCCAAUAAAGAUUAAUGGUUACAAAA